CUUCGCACGAUGGCAAUGUUGAGCAGUGUACUGAGUGUAGGGUUGAUCAUGAUCAUGUGACAGACAGCUUUGGGAGAGAACAGCUCUGAACGCAGAAACAUCAGGCGCAACUAAAGGAGUUUCCACUGCGCGAGAGACAGAGCCUACAAGUGAACAUUGCCCUGCUUUAAAACCGUUAUUCAAGUGCUCUGAACGACGUCGACGGUCUGUGGAAAGUUCUGGGGAGACGCUGUUUUCAACAGCUUGGAUAAAGAAACGUUUGGUGGCGAUAAAACAUUCUCUGUAGAAGAGGACAGACGCACAAAUCUCAGCGGGCAUGCGGGAGUUUUUGGAGUUAUUUGACGGCAAGCACUCUACAAACAAAUAAGAACUUUCGCAGAUUCCUUUCGUUAAUUGCGUAAUCAGUUGGGUUUUUAAAAUCCGAUGAUUGUGGGUGAUACAAAGUUUCAACAUUGCGUUUGAAAAGUAGCAUCAUCGGGGCAGGAGUUUGGAAUAAAACAGGGAAAACGUAUCAAACCCCUCCGUUUGCUUUUUUAGGGGGCUGUCCUGUUUCCCCGAAUUUUUGAGCUUUUUUUUGGAGGGUAAUAUUUUAAACAUGGUUGGGGAAAUGGAAACGAAGGAGAAGCCUAAGCCGACUCCUGAUUAUCUGAUGCAGCUCAUGAACGACAAGAAACUGAUGAGCAGCCUGCCAAACUUCUGUGGUAUCUUCAACCAUCUCGAGCGACUGUUAGAUGAAGAAAUUGGAAGGGUACGGAAGGACAUGUACAAUGACACUCUGAACGGCAGCACAGAUAAAAGGACUUCCGAGCUCCCGGAUGCUGUGGGGCCCAUUGCACAACUCCAAGAGAAACUCUACGUGCCUGUCAAAGAAUACCCAGAUUUCAAUUUUGUGGGAAGAAUCCUGGGACCCCGGGGCCUGACAGCCAAACAACUGGAGGCAGAGACGGGCUGCAAGAUCAUGGUGCGAGGCAAAGCCUCCAUGAGAGACAAGAAGAAGGAAGAGCAAAACAGAGGAAAGCCCAACUGGGAACACCUGAACGAAGACCUGCAUGUCCUCAUCACUGUGGAAGACUCUCAGAACCGUGCUGAGAUCAAACUCAAGAGAGCCGUUGAGGAGGUCAAGAAACUCCUAGUCCCUGCGGCCGAAGGUGAAGACAGCUUGAAAAAGAUGCAGCUAAUGGAGCUGGCCAUUCUCAACGGCACUUACAGAGACGCCAAUGUCAAGUCAUCCUUAGCCUUCUCCCUGGCCGCCACAGCACAAGCUCCCCGCAUUAUCACCGGCCAUUCCCCGGUGAUGCCCACUGCGGCACUGCGUAACCCUGCACCUGCUGCACCCACCCUCAUGCCCCUCAUCCGACAGAUCCAGACCUCUGCCAUCAUGCCCACAGGCACGCACCACCCCGCCGCAACCCUCGUACCCCAGACCCCUGAGUCAGGCAUCAUCUAUGCACCCUACGAUUACCCCUACACCCUCGCCCCAACCUCCAUUCUUGAAUAUCCUAUUGACUCAAGUGGUGUUUUAGCAGGUGCAGUGACUACUAAAAUACGAAGGCAGGAUAUGCGCGUCCAUCCUUACCAAAGGAUAGUGACCGCAGAACGAGCCGCCACCGGCAACUAACCAAUGACCCUCUGAACUCUUCACCCAAUGAUGACCUGACCAUUGCCUGCCUGCUGACCAGUUCUCUGGCUCUCGUCCUUCGCUUCUAUGUUUUGGCGGCCUGCUGGUGAGCGCAGAAGCAGCUUUAAUUCGCUUAACACAGCCGAGAAGCCGUGAUGGCCCCACGCCACCACCCGCAGAACAGAAUCGCUCCCCUUCUCAAACUGAGGACUUCCUUGGUCAGGUGACCUGGGUUUCCCAGCCUGCACUGAAGUGUCAUAAAGCAAUAACGCUGUCUGGGCGACAUCUAACAUCCUACUGUUAGCCUUUCACAUGCACACACUAAAUGAACACAAAUCUUUAUUGGUUUCUUAAUAAUUAAGCAUAAUAUUCUAUAUAACUCUCUUAAGUUUGUGCACUGCAGUUCUCAUACCAUCCUGAAGAGUUUGAAAAAGCCCAGUAGUUUCUUUUAAAACUGAUUUAUAGGUCCAAAUGUCCAUGAGGGAUGUAAAAGCCAUGCUUGCCUACCAGCGUUUUCUUCAGAGAGCUGUCGAAAAGCAUCCACAUGAGCAAGUGUAUAAACACUGAACAUCAAUUGAUAUCUUUUUGAUACGAGGGUGCUGCACAGGAAAUUAAUAUAUAUUUUUCAAAGGUGAUCCUUUUUGUAUUAAAAAACAAAGCAGUAUUGUCAAAAUGUGAUGAACAAACGACAAAAUUUUAGAGACCAAAACAGUGUCUUUUUUUAAAU